AUUGGUUGAGCUGAGGUGGAGGAACCGCGCGGGGCAGUGCGGAGGGGGCCGUACCACUGCUCAGGGAAAGUGGGGGGGGACAGCGGCGCGGGGACGCGCAGGGAGGUGGGCGGUGCGUCGGGAGCGCGCGUGCGCGGGAACUCCUCCUCCUCCUCCUCCUCCUCCUCCUCCUCCUCCUCCUCCUCCUCCUCCUCCUCUCCGGUACCGGCGGGCGCGGGGCGACAUGAGCACGUGCUCCGUAUCCAAGGGCUGCUUUGUUUUUAAACCAACUACCAAGAAGAGAAGAUUGUCUGAGAAAACAGCUCAUGAUUUCGGAAGCUCCAGUGAUGAUUCAGAGGAUGCUGGGCUGCGGUUUGUCACUUGUCAGUCUUUAUGGAACCAGGUCAAAUCUGAAACACAGCAAAUACAGGAAGACUUGAAUAAGCAGAUGCUUGAGAAUCUGGUGAGUUUUUUGAGCCGGUCUCAUUCAAACUUUCAAGAGAAGACAACAGAAUGGACUUGCAAGAUGAAGUUCAGAGAAAUCCCUACUGCAGCUCUUGUCUUAGGUGUAAAUGUUACAGAUCAUGACAUGACUUUCAGAGGUCUCUCAGAUGUCCUUCAGGAUAACAUUACUCCUUAUGUAGCCUUGCUGGAAGCCAAAGAUUGCCCAGGCAUAAAAAAUCUGAUGCAGAAGCUGAUGGGGCAGCUGAUGAACUGUGAUGUAGAUAUGGACUCACUGGAAGAUGAGGACUGUGUGCAGGUUUCACAGAAUAGGAUACGUUGUUCAAUGUCUUCUCUUAUCAGCUGGUAUGAGAGUCUAAAAAAGAAAACAGAUUCUGAAACUCCAAGCAAAAAAAGAAAUUCCUCUUCUAGACACUGGCAGUCUCCUCCAGUUGUAGUCAUAUUCAAAGACAUGGAAAGUUUCACCACAAAAGUUCUUCAAGACUUCAUAAUCAUCAGCAGUCAGCAUAUCCAUGAAUUACCUCUAGUGCUGAUUUUUGGAAUCGCUACAUCACCAAUGAUUAUCCACAGACUACUUCCUCACUCAGUUUCCUCUCUGCUGUGCAUAGAGCUUUUCCAGUCCCUUUCCUGUAAGGAGCACCUGUCUACAAUAAUUGACAAGCUGCUUCUGACAUCCCAGUUUCCCUUUAAACUGGGAGAAAAAGUUCUGCAGGUUCUCAUCAACAUAUUCCUGUACCAUGACUUUUCUGUCCAGAAUUUCAUCAAAGGGUUUCAGCUCUGUAUUGUGGAGCACUUCUAUUCCCAGCCCCUCAGUGUACUGUGCUGCCAAGUGGUAGAUAUUAAGAAGAGAGCUUAUUCUUUAUCACAUGAUCAGUGUGAAAACAUUCGGAGACUGCCCUCUUUUAGAAGGUAUGUGGAAAAGCAAGAGUCAGGGAAACAGGUUGCACUGCUGACAAAUGACAGCUUCUUAAAGGAAGAAACAGCGAAGUUGCUGGAAGAUCUACAUGUUUACCAUGAAAAUUAUGUUUCAAUUCUGAGAUGUCUUCAUGUUUUCACAUCUUCUCUUCCAAAGUAUCCUUUGGGCAAGCAGAUCAGGGAGUUGCACUGUGCUUGUUUGGAAAACCGAGUGUGGGAGACAGAGGAGUAUGAGUCAUCUCUUCAACUAGCAAGGAUGUUGAAUAAGACUGAUUUGGUAAACAUGCUCCAACAAUGUGUGGAAAUUUUGAUGUCAUCUUCUGGAAGGGAGUUUGAUAAGACAGCAGAAAAGUUGAAGGAGUUCUUGACCCAGUUUCAGAAUCUAGAAGCAGAAGCUUCCCAAGAACGAAAUGUGUCCGUAUCGUCACAAAAGGAGCUCCAGAAGAAGACAGACCUUUAUCAACUUCAGAAGACUUUGUUGGAGUUGAAGGAAUCAAGGAGGUCUAAGAAACUGACCAAGUUUGAAAUGCUUCGUUUUGAAGUUGUUGACUAUAUAGACAGUCUUGUAAGAAAAUACCUUGUUCCUGCAGAAGACAGGACCCUGCAUGAGAUUGUGUAUUUCAACACAGCCAGUGUUCUCCGAGGGCACUUGAAUGCUGCCCCCAGGACUGCACUGCACACGGCUUUGAAUAACCCACACUGGUACCUGAAGAAUCAAGCUUUGAAAUGUGAUGGAGGAGGCAUUUCUAAUAAAGCCCCUGACAUAUGCAUAGUGUAUAAGCUUCAUUUGGAAUGUGGCAGAUUAAUCAAUCUUGUUGAUUGGUUAGAGGCUUUCUCAACUGUGGUGAUGGCAGCUGAGGAACCAAAUGCAGAUGCAGCUUCCUCAGACCAGGUGGAUGAUACUAUCCACGCUCGCUUUAUUCGAGCUGUUUCUGAACUGGAGCUCCUGGGCUUCAUAAAGCCCAGCAAGCAGAAAACUGACCACGUGGCAAGGCUGACCUGGGGAGGCUGUUAAUGUGCCACCAAGGUGCCAAUAAACCUCCCCCACAGAGCAAGGGCUGUGUUCCCACUACACCACUCCUCACUAACUUUGCAUACUGAGUCAAAGUCAGCGGGGCCUGAAUGUUGUGAGAUACAUUGUGAGUGCCUGGGCAGGCUUGAAUAGAGAUGUCAUUUUUUAAUGCUCAUCUUCCCUGUGUAAUGUUCUGCUCUAUUAAUGUUCAUGUUCCAAAUACUGUAUUGUGCCAGUUUCAGUCUUCUUUGAUGUGUGUGAUAUUUAACAGUCCACUGAUAAAACUCAAGCUAGCAAGCCAAAAGGACAACAUUGGCUCUGUCAGCCACAAAAGUGAUGAAGCAGUAUUAUUAACAUCAUUAUAAGCUGAUAGGAUUUGAGUCAUUAUUAUAAAAUGCCUUCUAGUUCCUUGAACGAGAUUUAAAAAUAAAUAAAACAAGUAUGCUAAAGGAGACAAUGAACUUC